AUAAUCUGCCAUCAGUUGAAAAGCAGAAAAGAGUUUCGCGCAUUUCCACUAUCGGAACAUUAACAGCGUGACAUCAAACGGAAAUAAACAACACAAAUUGAGGAGCGUUAACAGCAACCACUUGUUUGAGUUAGCGUGAAGGCACCAUUGUGCUCAUAGCGCAAAUUAAUAUCUUGUUUGUAGUUAAGCAACAAUGUCUUCCGUUGACUCUUUUCGGCAGUUUGUUAACGAGCGACUUACUGCUGCUGCGGAAGAAAUAUGCGGUGUUUUUGAAAAAACUGUCAUCCAGUACCAGGAAGAGAUCGACCGUCAGCGCAGACUGUUGGAUAUCGUUUGGAAACCUGACAUAAAGUUACACCGGAUAGCGCUCCCACAGCAACGUGUCUGUGAGGAGGAGGAGGAAGUUCCUGCUGACCAGCAGCUCUGUAUUCAGGAGAGGAACUCCAGUCUGAAACAAGAGGACUCAGAGCUUCCACAGGUUAAAGAGGACCCAGAGCCUCCACAAGUUAAAGAGGAACCGGAGGACCUCCGCACCAGUCAGGAGGGAGAGCAGCUUGUAGUGAAGCAGGAGACUCCUACUUAUGAGGAAAGUGACCUCAGUGGAGAUCAGAAUAUUUACGUGAAACCUGAUGACACUUUAAGUUCAGUGGAGACAGAGUCUGUAUUCACCAUACCAGUUAUAAGCUCUGUGCUACAUGAUGCAACCAGUGACCACCAGCUCCUCUCUGAUGUUCAAGCAGAGCCAAAACAACAGAACAGACCCCAUGAAACCAGAAUUCAUAUUAACAAUGUAACCAGCCUUUACGUGGACCAAGAGGACCCAGAGCCUCCACAGAUUAAAGAACAGAAGGAACUCUGCACCAGUCAGCAGGGAGAGCAGCUUGUAGUGAAUCAGGACACUCCUUCUUAUGGGGAAAAUCACCAGAGUGAAGUUCAGACUAUGUACUUAAAUCUUGAUGACACUUCAAUUGCAGCAGAGACAAAGUCUGCAGUCAUCAUACCAGUUAUAAACUCUGUGCUAUCUGAUGCAACCAGUGACCACCAGCUCCUCUGUGAUGAUCGCUGCAGGCUUGGAGACUCAGAAUCAAUUAGAAAGGCAGAGCCAAAACAACACAAUGCAACCAGAAGUCACAUUAACAAUGUAAGCAGCCCUAACCUGUUAGAGAAUAACUGUAAUACUGAUAAUUAUAGAUUGACGCUCCAUAUGCGAUCCCACACAGGCGAGGAGCCGUGCAUUUGCAAUACUUGCGGCACAACAUUUGCUGACCGUUCAUCAUGGAAAACGCAUAUGAGAAUCCAUACAGGUGAAAAGCAAUUUCUAUGUAAAAUUUGUGGGAUAGCUUUCAGAUACAAUAGUAUUUUGUCAACCCACAUGAGAACCCACACAGGUGAGAAGCCGUACGUUUGCAAUACUUGCGAGAAAAGAUUUUCUGACAGUUCAUCAUGGAAUAGGCACAUGAGAAUCCACACAGGUGAGAAGCCGUUUACUUGUAAAAUUUGUGGGAAAGCUUUCACACAGAGUAGUAAUUUGACAACCCACAUGAACAGCCACACAGUUGAGAGGCCAUAUUCUUGCAAGACUUGCGGGAAAAGAUUUGCUGGCCAGACAGCAUGUAAAAUACAUAUGAGAACCCACACAGGUGAGAAGCCAUAUUCUUGUAAAACAUGUGGAAGAGAUUUCCCGCAUAAUAGUACCUUAGUGAUCCACAUGAGAACCCACACAGGUGAGAAGCCAUUUACAUGUAAAAUUUGUGGGUCUGUUUUCAGCCAGAGUGGUAAUUUGACAACCCACAUGAGAAUCCACACAGGUGAGAAGCCGUAUGCUUGCAAUACUUGCGAGAAAAGAUUUAGUGACAGUUCAGAAUUUAGAAGGCAUUUGAGAAGCCACACAGAUGAGAAGCCGUACGCUUGCAGUACUUGCGAGAAAAGAUUUGCUGACAGUUCAUCAAUUAGUAAGCACAUGAGAAUCCACACAGGUGAGAAGCCUUACGCUUGCAAUACUUGUGAGAAAAGUUUUGUUGACAGUUCAUCAUUAAAAAAGCAUACAAGAACCCACACAGGUGAGAAGCCUUACGCUUGCAAUACUUGUGAGAAAAGUUUUGUUGACAGUUCAUCAUUAAAAAAGCAUACAAGAACCCACACAGGUGAGAAGCCGUAUGCUUGCAAUAUUUGCGAGAAAAGAUUUGCUGACAAUUCAGCAUGUAAAGUGCAUGAGAGAAUCCACACAGGUGAGAAACCGUUUACUUCGUCACAGUGAUUUCAGACAUAACAAUAAAUUGAUAAUUCGCAUGAGAACCCACACAGGUGAGAAGCCUUUUACUUCGU